AUGAACAAACCGCUGAAGUUCAAGUCCUAUAAUCCAAGCCUUCAACGGCUGCAAAAAAAGAAGAAGGUCUUUAUGCCUAAGACGCAUUCGAGGGGGUUGGUAUCUCACGAGAAUCCCGGGCAAUGCGAGGCAGUAACUGAGACGUCAUCAGAGAAUCAUGACUUAAUUGAUACGAUGUUUAUUAAUCCUACGCUUGUUAAUUGGUCCAACGACUCAUGUGUGGCUCCGCAGCUCGAGAAUAGCUGCUCUCCUUUUAACGAGGAUAGCCGAGUGGUGCACGAGCAUCCUCAAACUUCGAUCAGCCUUGCAGUGCAGUCAGCGCCAACCGGAUGUUGGCAACCGGCCGAAGUGCAAUCGCUUCCCGGUCCUGAAGAGGAUGCCGCCGUGGACUCACGAUGGUCGUCAUGGAACAACAACAAUCACUUCAUAUGUCCGCUAUCUCCACCAUCUCCAGACCGACCUACUACUAGAGCAAGGACUGAAACCCCUUCGCCAGACAGUCCGUGUGGCGGGCAUGUGAGCGUUUCGUGUUGGCUGCAGGCUGAUCAGCAGCCAAACAACAUCAAGUCAAACCUGCAGCUAGAACAUGACCAUGACGUUGUUGAGACAACUAAUGAACAGCAGAGGAAGCGGCCAAAGUUGACCCUCCCUGAUGAAAGCAGUCAUUCACCGCAUGGAACCACCGAGGAUAAUAACAGCAAUUUGGACGAUAAUGACUCAGGAGAAAGUGCCGCUAUACCUUAUUCAAUGCGCGGCUUAGAUGCUGCCACAGCCCACAAUGAGUCUUUGCUCAGCCCUCAUGCAAGCAUUCAAUUGGACGCUCCUGCUUUUGUGCCAACGUGCCCCUCGGGACAGUGCAGCUCUCAUCGCCGCGAGGAAGCCAUACCACGUCAAUCCAAUAAAGCAGAGGCAAGCUGUUCAGCAUGUGCUGCACCGCAGGAGACGAAUUAUUUACCCAGAAUGCAAUAUAUGAGGCAAGCUAGCAAAUGCAAAUCAUGCUCGACUUUACGCGUGGCCCUCCUAGAAUCAUUAUCAUUGUUACAGCAUCUUUUGGACGAGGAUGUGCCCAGUACGGGAUGUGAGCCCGUGGGGGACAUUUCCAACUCAAGUUACGGUCUUGGAAACGGAUUUAGAGUCGACACCAGCAGUUGCGGAGAGACGUUAGAUACAUAUACCCCCAGCGACGAAGGUGACGAAAGGUCAGCCGUCCAAGUCGAAGUCACGAAUCUAUCUGGUCAGCAGCGUCAGUUAUCACAGCUAGAAGAACGCCGUCUACGAGCAUGGAGGAGGGAAAAUAAGUCAGAAUCUUGGAUUGCUUCCAAGCUCAAAAACUCAAAGUCGGCUAGAUUCGAUGUUCGUCGAGCGAACACGCAAAUGUCCACCACUAGGGCAAAAUUUACUUCAGACGAAGACGAUCUUAUCAAAACGCUGAAGGAGGAGGAGCAACUUACAUGGACGCAAAUCCAGGAGCGGCAUGAUAACCAGUUCCAUAGGCGAUCAAAGGAGUCGCUUCAAGUGCGGUACUGUACAAAGCUGAAGAAUCGCGAGAAAGCGUGA